CCCCCAGCGGUGCGCGCGCAGGUCGGUGCGUCGGGUCGGGGGCGCGCUCGGGGAACGUGUACCCCGGGUAGUGCGUGGCCUGUAAACCGAGCCGACAGAGUUCCAGUGGUGACUUCCAGUCAACUUGAAAUGUCCCCAGAAGUGGCGUUGAGCCGCAUUUCUCCAAUGCUGUCCCCAUUCAUAUCUAGUGUGGUCCGGAAUGGGAAAGUGGGACUGGAUGCUACAAAUUGUUUGAGAAUAACGGACUUGAAGUCUGGCUGCACAUCACUGACUCCUGGGCCCAACUGUGACCGAUUCAAACUACACAUACCAUAUGCUGGAGAGACAUUAAAGUGGGAUAUAAUUUUCAAUGCUCAAUACCCAGAACUGCCCCCUGAUUUUAUCUUUGGAGAGGAUGCCGAAUUCCUGCCAGACCCCUCAGCUCUACAUAACCUCGCCUCCUGGAAUCCUUCAAACCCCGAGUGCCUGUUGCUGGUGGUGAAGGAGCUUGUGCAGCAAUACCACCAGUUUCAAUGCAGCCGCCUCCGCGAGAGCUCACGCCUCAUGUUUGAGUACCAGACACUCCUGGAAGAGCCUCAGUAUGGAGAGAACAUGGAGAUUUAUGCUGGGAAGAAAAACAACUGGACUGGUGAGUUUUCAGCUCGUUUCUUACUGAAGUUGCCAGUGGAUUUCAGCAAUAUUCCCACAUACCUUCUCAAGGAUGUAAAUGAAGACCCUGGAGAAGAUGUGGCCCUACUUUCUGUCAGUUUUGAGGACACUGAAGCCACCCAGGUGUUUCCCAAGCUAUACUUGUCACCGCGAAUUGAGCAUGCUCUUGGAGGCUCCUCGGCUCUGCAUAUCCCCGCGUUUCCGGGAGGAGGCUGUCUCAUUGAUUACGUUCCUCAAGUAUGCCACCUACUCACCAACAAGGUACAGUAUGUGAUUCAAGGAUAUCACAAAAGAAGAGAGUAUAUUGCUGCUUUCCUCAGUCACUUUGGCACAGGUGUCGUGGAAUAUGAUGCAGAAGGCUUUACAAAACUCACUCUGCUGCUGAUGUGGAAGGACUUUUGUUUUCUUGUGCACAUUGACCUGCCUCUAUUUUUUCCUCGAGAUCAGCCAACGCUCACAUUUCAGUCUGUCUAUCACUUCACCAACAGUGGACAACUAUACUCCCAGGCCCAGAAAAAUUACCCAUAUAGCCCCCGAUGGGAUGGAAAUGAAAUGGCCAAGAGAGCAAAGGCUUAUUUCAAAACCUUUGUCCCUCAGUUCCAGGAGGCUGCAUUUGCCAGUGGAAAGCUCUAGGAAACACCAGUGUUGAGAGGCGGCCAGCCAGACUGCUCUGUCCACAUGCGUGUCAGCACACAGGCCGCUUCCUGGAAGCCACUUGGAAUGUCUUCAUGGCCGCAUUUUGCUCACACAGCAGCUCUGCACGCCCCAGACAGCCCUGCUGUGCUGGAGCCCCAACUUGAGCUGGCUGGCACUGCCCCGAAUCCCAGCACCCUCACUGCUGCCUGCUCCCUCUUUCUUUCUUUCUUCAUUACAUUUCAUAGCUGGAAGAAAUAAACUCACAGAAGAUGCA